ACACAACAACAACAACCAUCUCCAACGCAGCAAGCAGACAGAAGGACAGGCAGGCAGCGAGUGCAACCGCGAGAGCGAUCAGCGAUGGGCUCCUUCUUCUCGACCUUAGUGACGCCCCCUCCGGCCGCCGACGACCCGAACUGCGCCGUGGUGGCCGCGCACUCCAAGGCCACCUACGACGAGCAGUGGGCGGCCCACAAGAGCAGCAGCAAGCUGAUGGUGAUCGACUUCUCGGCGUCCUGGUGCGGGCCCUGCCGCUUCAUCGAGCCGGCCUUCAAGGAGCUGGCCUCCCGCUUCACCGAUGCCAUCUUCGUCAAGGUUGACGUCGACGAGCUCGCGGAGGUCGCAAGGACAUGGAAGGUAGAGGCGAUGCCAACGUUCGUGCUGGUCAAGGAUGGGAAGGAGGUAGGCCGUGUGAUUGGGGCUAAGAAGGACGAGCUUGAGAGGAAGAUCAGGAUGUUCGUCACGUCAUCUUCCUCGUCCUAACUUAGCAGUGCAUACACUCCCACCUUCUUACUGGUUUCUCGACUCCAGUGGUUCACCUGGGACGGGGUUGCUGAAAUGGUUCCCUUCUCUGAAUACUGAAAAAUCAAAAAAAGAAGUAUAUGAAAAAAUGAUGGUAGACGUGUCUGGGUCAAUAAGAGUUUCUGAAACUUGGAUUUGUAUGUGUCAGUCUCUGUGUUCUGUUUCCAAGGAAUGGAUCAUGUGAGUUUGGAAUA